AGUAACGUGACUCAAACGGGAAGUGCAAGCCGAGCUGUUGAACUUCUCAUAAACACGUCUGGAUUUUCCCGGUGAACAGUCUCGUCUGUAAGGAGCUGGACAGCCUGAAAGACUGCGGAGAGUUGGAGAGCUAGUGGAGUUAAAGAGGCGGACAGGUGAGAAGUUUUUCUUUCUUAUUUAGUGUCAUGUGGAACUGAUACCAAUCUCUGCCUGAGCGGAUGUACCGCUAUUGUCCUUACAAUCAAUCAAACCUCAGCGCUAUUUCUCAACUACUGAACACAAUCUCUGAUUUCUUCACUAACCGUAACUACGAUUUCAACAUUUUAUCUCAAGACUAGAUUUUCUGUGGUUGAUAACUCAGCCUUGAUUCAUCAGAGUGGCGUAAGACUGAAAACGAAACUUUGUCCUGUUUCUGGCAAUUACAUGAGAGCUGCUGACACUCAUUGGAGAGCUGAAACAACACCGGGAAUGAAAAAUAGCACCAACGUUUAAAGAAAUGUGCCUCAUGGAAAAACGAUUUUAUUGUUCCCUAUGAAGUUUUUAGUAAGCAAAACACUACCAUAGCAAAUGUAAACCUACUACCUAUAGGGGAGAGUGGGGUAAGAUGAGCCAUUUUUCAUAUUUUGGAUCACUACAUCAAGGCAAUCACAGUUUUGUCUCUAACUAGUGGAUCUGUAUAUAUUUCAAGAUUUUGUGCAUCCCUGCAAACCAACAGAAUGAGUGUAAACAUAACUGUCUUGAUAAUAUAGCACGCCAAAAAAAGUGGUCUCCUAUGGUCAACUUACCCCUACUCUUCAUCCCAGCCCUCCCUCACCUUCUCUCUCCCUAAAUAACAGUCACUUCUUCACAUUCAUAUGUAUUUUUUUAUCUAUUAUACGCUAUUCAACUGGUACAAUAAUUCUUUUUAUUAUUAUUAUUGCAUAAAACUGCUAAAAAGCUGUUUUGUAAAAAGUCAUUUUAACAUGAGAAUGCCUGUAAGUGAUUCAGAACAUUCACAGCUGUAUUUUUGAAAAGAAAAAAUAAAACAUUUCAACAAUCUGAAACUACUAGAACUACUAUUAUGACUUUAUUAGUCCUCUAAGCUAAAAUGGUGGACUUUUAUGCUAGGUUUUUGACCUCAUGUUGUAGCUCAUAGAUACUAAAAUUGAUGUAUUAAACACAUUUAAAAUGAACUUUUUUGGUCUGAACACAAUUCUAGUAAAACUUAAGACAGACUAAAUUCACUUUCAAGAGUGAAAUUUUUUUUUUUUUUGUAAAUAAAUGUCUAACCCCUUCACCCUUGUGCUUCUAACCUUCACAGACUCCAUGAAUUAAUGCCCAUCUCCUAAAUAUUUGGUCACAUGAUCAAUUUCUUUGACCAUUUCCAAGCAACAGGGGGUGGCUCAACUUACCCCACUCUCCCCUGUACUGAUUUGUUGGUUUAUUUACAGAUCCAUCCAAAGUUAUGCAGUUUAAAGCUGAUUUAAGACAAUGACGGCCCCACAAAGCUUUCAUAUUUGUUCAAAAGCUGUGCAUUUAAGUUUGUGGUCAUUUUGCUUUUGUAGUUUUCAAACAUUGAUAAUAAAAGACUGACCAAUGUGACUCUGAAAAGACAAGAUGAACUGCAGAGCUCUUGUUUAAUGGUAGAUUAGAUGGAGUUAUUAUUUGAGUGUACUGUGGAGGGAUUUUACACACAGUGAAGAAACUGAUCAUGCGAUACAGGCAGAAACAAGCCUAUGCAACACUGGAAACCCCACCUGGUCUUCAAUGUCAGGAGAACUUGAUGCUUCCUUUUUUUUAGUUCCCAUUCAUAUCUUCUCUUUCUGAACCCUACAGUCUUUUGUUGCAGGAGCUGAUAAACGGUGUACUGCCUCUGUCCUCAUCACCUUCUCAUUGUUAUCCCUCAUCUCACUUUAACAGCUAUGGGCUCCAUGUUUCGCAGUGAGGAGGUGUGCCUGGUGCAGCUCUUUCUGCAGUCUGGCUCAGCCUACAACUGUGUCAGUGAGCUGGGAGAGCUGGGCCUGGUUGAGUUCAGAGAUGUGAGUAGUUCAAACCUUUGCUUUGGUUUUCACAUCAUGACCCCAGAUACCAAUUUAAGUUAGUCAGCUGAUGUGCAGCGCAAAUGUUUUUCAUGUGCAACUAUUUUGCUCACAUUAGUGCAAUUUAAGAAAUGCUGGAUUGUCUUUUUCCUCCUUUGGAUAUUUCAAACCAGAGAUAUUUAUCACCACUCCCAUGACAAUCAUCUGCUCUGCGUUUGAUCCGUUUAGAGUCGGUGAUAUCUAAUGUGAAAAAAAACACCCCAUGAGUCACUUUUUCACUAUAUUUAUAAGUGUAAAUGAUGCUGCUGUUAUGAAUCUCUGAGAGAACAGCUCACUUUUCCAUUUCUCGUAUUGUCAUCAGAUGACCAUGAGUAACUCUGUUGGUUUCUUCCUCCCCGCUCUCUUGUCACAUUGUAGCUAAAUCCUAAUGUGAACGCCUUUCAGAGGAAGUUUGUCGGCGAGGUUAGAAGAUGCGAGGAACUCGAGAAAACUUUCAGUAAGCACUGAUUUGUUUCUCCUUACAUGUAUUAUUUAUUUUUUUAUUGAGUUCUUUUUGGUAAAAUUCUCCAUUUGCCUUUUCUGACCUCCUUUAUCUACCCUUCAGCAUUCCUGGAGCAGGAGAUCAUCCGCUCCCUGUCUCCUCCAUUAAAAGGCCCCCUUCCUCCUCCGUGCCCGACACCUUUGGCCCCUCAGCCCCGUGAGCUCAUCUCAAUAGAGGAGGAAUCUGAGAGGCUGGCCAGAGAGCUCAAAGAGGUGAGCACUUAAUACAAUCAAGGCUGAUAUGAUCAAUUGAAGAAGAGUCUCUGUUCUCUCAUUCCUACGCUAUCAGAGCAGAUCCUCUUCAGAAGGGUUGAGAGAUUGUAUUUUACGUGUGACUGUGCUUUUCACUAGGUCUCCAGAAACAGGGACAGCCUCCGUGCUCAGCUGACCCAGCUCUGUCAGUACAGAGGAGUCUUGACCAAAACACAUUCCCUCACAGCCUCACAGGUGGUUAAAAAAGAACGACAGUCAUUCGGCAGUUCCUGCAUUCAUUUUUGCACUUCCUGUUGCAUUGUUGAAAGACAACUGCAAAUGAAAACUGCAUCAACUCGUCUAUCUCCUUUUCUCAGGCCCCACCACCUGUACUAGAAAGUCAAGGCUUGUUUGAUAACCGCCAAGAUGUUCACCUAAGGUAGAUUUCAUUUUUCGAAGUGUACAUUUGGUGCACUUUUUUUGUGUGUUCGUGUACAUUUAACAGAUUUUCUCUGCAUCUUUUCACUCGUAGUUUUGUGGCAGGAGUAGUUCAUCCAUGGAAGGUCCCCUCAUUUGAACGCUUGCUAUGGCGUGCGUGCCGCGGUUAUAUCAUUGUGGAUUUCAGAGAAAUGGAGGAUAGACUUGAGCAUCCAGACACGGUGAGAGCUGGUGGACAGGCACAAACAUAGAAAUAACUUUUAUCAAGACAGACAUUUUCUUGAGUUUUUUUUGUUUCUUUACUGUUUCAUCCCUUUGCAGGGGGAGAUGGUGCAAUGGACAGUGUUCCUCAUUUCCUUCUGGGGAGAUCAGAUUGGACAGAAAGUGAAGAAGAUUUGUGAUUGGUGGGUCAGCCUGUGCAUCAGUUAGUUUUUUAUUGUCGAUUUUUAUACUUGUAGUGUCUGUUGAACUUGUUGCAUAUCUAAUUAAUAAAACCUUGUUGCAGUUUUCGCACACAGACAUUUGCCUACCCUGAGAGUCCUGCUGACAGAGAGAAGAUUCUUCAGGGGCUUGAAGGCAGAAUUGAGGACAUCAAAUCAGUGAGUACAGUGCAUAUUUAAUAAAUGCACAGAUCAUAGAUAUAAUCAUGAGGUUUUACCCUCUUUUUUUGAAAUAUCUACCACGCAGUGAAAUAUAGCAGCAAAAGUAGCUGGUAAUAUUUUUGAAAUGUGGUUUAUGUGCACUCAGUCUCACUUCCCUCUCCCCCAGGUGUUGUCACAGACAGAGGCCUUUCUGCAGCAGCUGCUCAUGAAGGCGGUGGCUGUGCUGCCCCAAUGGAAAGUGCGGGUGCAGAAGUGUAAAGCGGUUCAGAUGGUGCUGAAUCUCUGCAGCCCCUCGGUCACUGACAAAUGCCUGAUCGCUGAGGCCUGGUGUCCCACAGCCAAACUGCCUGAACUGCAGAGUGCUCUCAGAGAAGGAGGGGUAAGGCCAAUGCAGAACUGAAAACGUGAAAUAAUAACAUAAGCAGCUUGCUUUGUGUUUACUCAGCCCUCUUCUCCAUCCUCAGAGGAAGAGCGGAAGUGGAGUCGACUCUUUCUACAACCGACUGCCGUCUACUACCCCUCCACCCACACUUUUCCCCCUCAACUCUUUCACAGCUGGCUUUCAGAACAUUGUUGAUGCUUAUGGGGUGGCCAGCUACAGAGAAGUGAAUCCAGGUUUGUAGACUCAGCACUUGAUGAAAAAGUUUCUUCGGACCCUGAAAGAUAAAGUAGACUAUGAGACUUUCAAAGAAGAAGCCAGAGUGUGUUUUCUUUAUUGAAUUGAAGUUUUUUCUCUGAAUGACUUUACAGCCGUGUACACCAUAAUUACAUUCCCAUUCCUGUUUGCUGUGAUGUUUGGGGAUGUGGGUCAUGGGAUACUGAUGACGCUGGCUGCCCUCUGGAUGGUUCUGGAGGAAAAGGACCCUAAACUGAAGAACAACACGAAUGAGGUAAACGAAGAGCGUUUUAUUUUGAGGAAGAAGACAUUUUGCAAAUCUCAGUUGCUCAUGAGGUAUAUCGUGUUUGAUGUAAUCCAGUUUGCAUUGGGAAAUGGAUGCAUUCAACCGUAUUUUUCAGAACAAUUAAAUGAAGAAGUGUUGUUUGUGAUCUGCUACAGACCAAAAUCCAUGAACAGUUUCUGAGACCAAACUCUAUAUGUGAGCUCAAGAACCAAAUGUGAGAUGUUUGAUAAACAAAAGGGUGGAAUGACCUCCCCACAUAUCAAUUCCGAUAACUCCUUUUGUGUAUUUCAGAUCUGGAGGAUGAUGUUUGGAGGACGGUAUUUGAUUCUACUGAUGGGACUCUUCUCAAUCUACACCGGGGCCAUCUACAAUGAGUGCUUCAGCAGAGGCCUCAGCACCUUCAGCUCAGCGUGGCACGUCGGCCCCAUGUUUGAGAAGAACAUAUGGAAGUGAGAACACUACGUACUUUUGCUCUGGGCUCAAAUGUUUUUUUUCUCUGUAAUCUGCAGAUACUCUUUCUUUCUGUGUAUCUUACCUUUUGGGUUUUCUUUCAGCGCAUCAGUCCUUGCAGGGAACCAGUACCUGUCCAUGGAUCCUGUUGUGACAGGGGUUUUUACCAGCCCCUAUCCAUUUGGCAUUGACCCGGUAUGGGCAAGAAUAUCAAUAAAGCCUAAACAUUUUCUUUUAAGCAAUCGUCUUAUUUGUUGCUGCAGUCAUCUGAAGUAUUUCAUAUUUUUUGUUUUCUCAGAUCUGGGGUCUGUCCAACAACAAACUAACUUUCCUCAACUCCUACAAGAUGAAGAUGUCGGUCAUCAUUGGUGUUAUUCACAUGACUUUUGGAGUCUGCUUGUCAUUCUUUAAUUACUGGUUUGUAAACAUCUUUUACUUUUUUUAAUCAGUUCUCAUUCUGAAUGUUUGCCCUGACUCACACUGACAUGUCUUCCUUCCUUUAUCUGCUUUUCUUUUUUGUUUGUUUUUAUCAGGCACUUUGGACAGUUAAGAAGCGUAUUCUUUGUGCUGAUCCCAGAGCUCUUCUUUAUGGUCUGUCUGUUCGGCUACCUGGUGUUCAUGGUGAUCUUUAAGUGGAUUGCCUACACUCCUGCCCAGUCCAAAAUUGCUCCUAGUAUAUUAAUCCACUUCAUAGAUAUGUUCCUCUUCACGGACAACCCUGAAAAUCCACAGCUCUACACAGGACAGGUGUGUGACUCGGUCAUGUCUCUUAAAAAGGAAAUAUAUCUUUUCUUGUACUUGUACAGCUCAACUUUCUUGUUUAGAAAAGUGCAAAAUCACCACUAAGGUACCCUUAACCUACCUCUGACUUUGAGCUUAGUGUAUUUACAUAUUUACAUUUACAAGCUACUUUAUUCUCUUACAAUGUAGCUUAUAAAUACAAUAAUUCAUGGUGGAUUUCUUUCAAACCUGAGGUAUCAAACAUUUCUCAACACACACCAUUAAACACGUCUAUAGAAGAUUUCUCGAUGGGUUUCUUAAAAGAUGACUUACCGUAUUUUCCGCACUAUAAGGCGCACCAUCAAUGAACAUGGGGCUGUUUUUCAUACAUGGGGCUCACUGGAUUAUAAAGCGCAUGAAGCCAAACAAAACAGUCAGUUAAGUCAAACUUUAUUUAACUCAUUCAAUAGCUCUGCAAGGCUAUGGUAGCUGCAGUGCUUCGAGAAGCCAAAAGGAUUUUAAGUGUGGCUUAAAGUGCGAAAAAUACGGUAAUCAGUAUGAAUCAGACUGGAUAACUUCCCUGAAUGAGAAUGAUCAAUCUUGAGUCAAGUCUAUAAGUUCUUUUCAAACAGUACUACUAUGAGCUGAAACACCGGGAUGCACUAGUGUCAAGUAUGAUAUUCUUUGGAAAAUGAUCUGCUUAAGAUUAAAAAUAUCUUUGCCUUACUUCAAAAACACUCCUUUCAUUCACAUUAGGUUGUUUAGUUAGUAUGUGUUUGUUAAAAAGCAUAAAAAGGUCAGUCCGAUAACUCUUAUCUUUUAUGUGUAGCUCGUGGUGCAGAAGAUUCUGGUGGUACUGGCCCUGUGUGCAGUUCCAGUCCUCCUGGUUGGGAAACCUACUUGUGAAUACAUCACAUUCAAGAGGAGACGGCGCCAUAUGGUGAAUAUGUGUUUAAUGAAUCCCCUUUUGUCCUUGUUCUAAAGUGUGAUAUAUUUCUGACUGAUUUUUUUUUUUUUAAUCCUCUGCUGUAGGAGGAGGACAGACGUCCACUUGUGGCUGACGAUGGCUCCAUCAAUGUUCGUCAGGGGGAGGUGGAGGGAGGUGCAGCUGAGGAGGAGGUAAGAGAGUAGCAGGUUUAACUUUGUUCUGAAAAAUAUUAAAUAACCAAGGUCAAAUAACCAUGUGUUAAAACUGUGCUUUCUGCAGGAGUUUGAUGUUGCAGAUGUGUACAUGCAUCAGGCCAUCCACACCAUAGAGUACUGCCUGGGCUGCAUCUCCAACACCGCCUCUUACCUCCGACUCUGGGCUCUGAGUUUGGCUCAUGCACGUAAGCAUAGAUGCAUAAACUCACAGUGCUCACAUGAUAAAGGGAAAGACGGACUUCCCCUUCAGACUCACACCAACACUCCGAUAAUUUUCCGCAGCCAGUUAGUCACACAUCGUAAUAAAUAUUUUCCAAGCAUGGAUGGCUGUCUGAGUUAUUUGACCAGACUGAGCUCUGAUUUUAAAAGAGUUCAGCAAAAAAUAUCAAAAACUGUUUUACCCCAGCAAAACAAAAGCUCUGCUGUUUUCAUAUGUGAAAUCAAAGCCAGCGUAUUGAUCUCCAAUUUCCACUAGUCAAAUUGAAACUUGGCUUUUAUUUUAAAGUCAAAUCAUGCUUUCCUUAACAAUCCAAAAAGAGUUAGGGCUCUGCAACUUUUCUGUCUGUGUUGGACUAAGGUUAUGUAUUAUACAUGCACACCUCUUCCAAGGGCUUCAUGCUCUGUAUGUUUUUCAUCACUAGUUUUAAAGAUCUCUCAUCUCAGUUGACUUUUUGAGUGUAUUUUAGGACUUCUGUUAUAUCUACUAACCUACAUCAGACAGACUUCUGAAAAAACUUAAAUCUAGACACAUUUAGCAAUAAAUGUUCUGACUAAUCUGAUUGUUUUACUGUUUAUUCAAUUUUUUGACAUAUAAUAUUCACCAUUUGUGUUUUGUUUCUAUGUAUGGUUGCUCUUUGUCAGAAAUGUUGUGAACCACGCUGCUGCAUACCUUGGCCAGGACACCCUUAAGAGAUUUUUAAUCUCUAUGACUUUUCUUUUCCCUCCAAAAUAAAGGUUAAAUAUGAUACACCAAAACUUGUAUCUCCACAGAGCUCUCUGAGGUGUUGUGGGUGAUGGUGAUGCGGAUUGCUCUAAGGUGGCAAGGCUAUACCGGAUCUGCUGUCCUCUUUGUGGUCUUUGCCUUCUUUGCGGUAUUGACCAUCUCUAUCCUCCUUGUGAUGGAGGGGCUCUCUGCUUUUCUUCACGCUCUGCGUCUGCACUGGUAAGGAUGGGAGAGAGAAAGUGACAAUGAGGGAAAAAACAAAGUAAAUGUUUCAUAACCACAUGUAAAGGCUAUUCAUAUUUUCUAGACUGCCUCUGAAUGUCGUUAGCUAUGGAGGCCUGAAUAUAUUGAAAAGCGUAUCACAUGAUUGAAGAGGAAACAGGACACAGCUAAAACGUGUCAGUCAGACAUCAGUUGUUCAACUUUGUCAACUGUUGCAAGUUCCCAAGGUUCCCUAAAUCAAGACUUUUGAUCACCACACUUGUAGUUGGAUUAGAAAUGAAUUUUACAGAUGUAGUUCAUGAAAAAUACAGUCUCACCUAAAACCCUCAAAGAAAAAUAAGCUCAAAUAUUUCCAUCAGCCUAACGGAACCUAUCUUUGUAAGCAGAAAAUUCAACUGAAAAGUAGGACUAGAUUUCAAAGCACUUCAACAAAAGACUUUUUUUCCUCUUAUGGAUCCAAAUGUCUGCCAAAAGGGUUUUGUCCUGACAGUUGUGACAUGCAGGAUGUUGGAGUAUCCACAUGUGAUGAAUGUCGUCUUUUCUCUAUGUUACAGGGUUGAGUUUCAGAACAAGUUCUACAGCGGAACAGGCUACAAACUGAGCCCUUUCUGUUUCUCAUCUCUGAUCAACGCAUCGCCUCCUAUAUGAUCAGCCAAAUGAUCUCUUAGGAUUGGCCAAUGGUUACAUUAAAUUAUGAAUCUCACUGGUACUAAACAACACACACAUGCCUGAUUAACUGCCUGUCUUCCACUGGGCUAUGAAACUGUAAUGUAAUUGCUUAAUGAUUAUGAUAAUAUCAACUAUUUUGCAUUGGUAGAAUGAGAAUGUGCCCCCAGAUUAUGAAAUUAUAAUGGCAUAGUAUGAAAUGAAGAUGUACUAUUUUUCCCCCUUGCUAACUUUUCACUCUCGGUGUGUUUCUCUUGAUUGGUAAUCAUUCACUCUCACCUCAUGAACAUUUGCAGUAUAUUAUAGUAAUGUAUAAUGAAAAGGGAAAGCACAUCACCUAAAAUAUAGACUUCAGUUUAAGGGAAUAUAGUUGUUGAAUCUGUGUACUGUGCUUUAAUAGGCCAGUCUGUAAGAUUUCAUCAAAAUGGCAGGGAAUAAUCUGAAUAAUCUUCAUGAGCCAAAGAUACUGCUCUUUCAUUGUCAUGUCUUCCAAACACAACAGGUAUUUAGUAUUUUUAUUUCUCAUGUGCCUUACUCACUGACCGAGUGCUUGUGCACAUCCAUUGUUUUGGAAAAAUCAUAACAUUCAUUAUUGUGCCACCAUGAUUAAGACAUGUAUCCCUUUUUUCAGACUGUUUGCACUGUAUAAUGGAACAAAUUUGAACUGAAAAUUAAAUACGAUAUUCUUUUGUUA